CAGACGAGGUUCAACAUGUUCCUUGUUCGUGGUUCAUUGAGUUACAUGAUAAGGAGGAUAGCCAAUGUUGGUUUCCAUUUACAAAAAUGGAAAAGGCCAUAAAACACUUAUCAAGUAUUCAAAUCAAAAAAAUGAUAUUGGAUUGCAUCGAGCCAAAUGAUAAUGAUGGCAUUUUUUAUGAUGCUAAAAAAGUUGCGGGACCUUUUAAUAAUGAAUUACAAGCUCGUCGAGUUGCUAAGGCAUGGUCUUGUACUGAAGGCAGUACUGAUGAAAGUGAAAAUCCUGAUGAAAAUGAUCAAUAUAAGUCAAAACCCAGGAAAAGAUGUUCUACAAAAAGGUACUCCCCAGAACCUAACAAAAAAGUAAAAAGAACAUUAAUUCUGCCUUUGCCAAAAGUACCGUCAAAUUCAUCUUUGAUAAAACCUGUUUCUGCUUCAUCACCAUUAACUAAACAACUAAUAACAUCAGAAUCAACAUCUAGUUUCAAUGAUCUGCCCUUGUCAAAUGUACAUUCUACUUCAGCUUUAAUGAAACCUAUCUGUGCUUCAUCGCCGACAAUCAAUAAUCAUCUCUUAACAUCGGGUUCAAAAUCUAGUGAAAAUGGUACACUUGAUCAAGAGUUUGGUACAUUAAUGACUACAUCUCAAAAUAAUAUACACCAAGAAAAUGGCAUAUUUGAUUUUUUGACAACAGCUGAUACUUCUGAUUUUAUUUUGGACCCUGAAACAUCAAAUUAUGGCAGCCGAGAAACCAUCAAUGAACCUACUGCAGAAGAAGCAAUAAAUGUUUCAAAUAAUAAUGAAUUGUUAACUACCAGUAUGAGUGUUUCUCAUGACUUAAGUUUCUCUUCAAAAAUUGAUAUCCUUAAAGAUGAGAUAUUGAAAUUAAAAGAACAGGGGAAAAAGAAAGAUGAAAAAAUUAUGAGCCAAAUAUUGUUAAUGAAUGGAUCACUUGCCAGGAUUUCCUCGGCUGUUCAAAAUAAUUCUAAACUACUAGAAUCUAUUUUGUCUGUCGAUCGACGUGUUCGUGCUCUUGCUAUGCCUUUCCCAAAGUUGCCAUCUCCAUUCAUGGGACUUCUUCCCAUUAAAAGUGUUGACGAUCUACAGACCUUUGAAAAUCUAUUAUCCACCGAGAAUGCUGAUUCAAUAAAAUAUAGAGAAGAACUUAAAACUUAUAUAUUGUUGAAAGUGGGAAAAUUGCCUUUAAGUGCAGCUGUGCGAGGAGCUGUUGAUGUGUGUUUCGAAUCCAGUACUUUAAGUAUGUGCAGUUACAAGGGAAAAACAAAAAAGAAAUUUACAGACUUACAUUUAUUUAGUAUAAUUUAUGAAGCUCUAUCAGGGUUUAUUCAAACCCCUAGUGAUGAAGCAAUAUUUCAUAAGGUUGCUGACAACUACAUCCGACAUGCUCCUAAACGCUUGGCUUUGAUGAAAGAGAUUGAUACAAACAUUCCAUGAUACAAAUUAUGUACUUUUAUAUAAACUAAUAUUAAUACCUGUAUAGUGUAUACAUUCCUAUUUAAACCUAUUAUUUCUUUUUAUUGUUAUCACAUAUUCACGUCAAACAAUUUCUGUUUAAGCUUGAAUUA